AUGGCAGCAUUCUCACAUUUGAUCCGGUUUGAAGCCGAUGAUGGGAAGACCUACUACGGCGACUUGGAGAAAGAGACGCCAACGAGGGAUAUUCAAGGAAAAGAAGUCGAGGUACUUGAGGGUGAUGUGAAGAGCGGAUUCAGCAAGAAAGGCAGCAAAGCCAAGGUAUCGAAGCUCCUAUGUCCCCUCCCAACAACAAACAUCAUCCUUUGCGUGGGUCUCAACUACAAACAGCACGCUGAGGAGUGUAACCUCACAAUCCCUUCCAACCCUGCAAUCUUCAUGAAGCCAAGCGAUGCCCUCGCAGGACCUCUCGACGAUAUUCCCAUCCAUAGUGAUUGCCAAAGUAACCUUGACUACGAAGGCGAGCUUACUAUCAUUAUCGGCAAGGACUGCAAGAACGCCACCAAAGACGACUGGCAGGACUACAUCCUCGGUUAUACAGUUGGGAAUGAUGUUUCCGCUCGAAACUUCCAGAUCCCGGCCUCAGUAUCAGGCGGUCAAUUUGGCUACGCCAAGUCUUUCGACAAAUUUGCGCCCAUCGGGCCGUGCAUUGCGCACAAAGAAUAUGUGGGAGAUCCGCAAAAGCUGAGGUUGUGGACCAAGGUCAACGGGGAGAAGAGACAAGAGACUGGAACAGAUGACAUGAUUUUCACUGUGGGUGAGAUUAUCCAGCAUCUCAGUAGAGGUACUACGCUGAGGGCGGGAACUGCAAUUUUAACUGGUACACCGAGUGGAGUCGGGCUGUUCAUGGAGCCGAAGGCCUUUGUGAAAGAUGGAGAUGAAGUGGAGAUCUAUGUCAAGGGCAUUGGAAGCAUCAUCAACAAGAUGAAGUUUCAAUGA